CCCCCCCAACCCCCCAGCAGGCAGCUGACCAUGCAGAUGGAGGUCCGCGUGGUGCUGAAGGCGACAGGCUUCAUCGGUCUGGUGGCGGUGGGCCUGCCGGCUAACUUGAGCGUGCUGUUACUCUUCUGUCGUCUGCACAUGCUCCAUAGCCGCCUCUCGCCCAACGACAUCAUCCUGGGCAACCUGGCCUCCGUCAACCUGGUCGUCUUGCUCAGCCGCGGCAUCCCCCAGACCCUGGUCGCCCUGGGCAUGCGGCGGCUCUUCGGCGACGUCAGCUGCAAGGUAAACAUCUUCAGCUACCGCCUGGCCCGUGCCUUGUCCAUCUGCAUUACCGCACUACUGGGGUGUUACCAGUGUGUUGCCGUGGCGCCCUCCACACCGCACUGGGCCAAACUCAAGCGAUGGCUCCCUACCCACAUUCCCCAUGCCAUACUCCUCUUCUGUGCCAUAAACUUCCUCGUCUCAAGCGGUAGCUACUUGUUCUCCGUGGCUCCUCCCGCCAACGGUUCCAUCCCAGAGUACACCAUCAACCUGGAGUUCUGCAUCGUCAUCUUCCCAGACCUGGCGGCCUACGUGGCCAACGGGGUGAUGUACACCUUGAGGGACUUAGUCUUUGUCUGCGUGAUGGUGGCUGCUGCUGCGUACAUGUUGCUGGUGCUGUACCGGCACCGAAAGCAGGUGGAGGGGCUGAGGGGGGCAGGGAGGGCGUCGGCAGAAGCCUCCAAGGCUGUGCUGCUGCUGCUCUGCACCUACGUGUCGCUCUUCGGCCUGGACAACACCCUGUGGGCCUACACGCUCACCGUCUCCCGCGUCCCACCCGCCAUUUCCGACGCACGCGUCUUCUUCGCCUCCUGUUACUCCGCCCUCAGCCCCGUGCUCAUCAUCGCCACCAACAGGAGGCUGGCUGAAGGCUUCAGGGGAUGCUUCCAAACCAAGGGGGCUGCCAAAGCCCCCUCCACGCAGACAGAGUCCAGCACCACCCAUGUGACAGGAGCAUAGUCUGUCCCUAUAGCUAUUCUGUGGGGGUGGGGAAUUCUGUAGAAAUUGUUCAGAUGUAGAGCUACGUGUGUCAAUGUAUCAGAUAUAUCUAUCAAUUAAUCAACGUUUGUUUGUGGGGGGAAAAAAAUGCAAUAAACCAGUAAUCUCUGAAACGACAUCCUGACAAAAACCCUCCCUAAGCAUGUAAGCCUUUCAACUGUUUUUCGCAAAAAUUAAUUUCAAACACCUACAGAGAAAAUGUACAAGAGAAUAACAGAGUACAUGUGUAAAUAAGCAAUGCAUUAUGAAACACAAUUAUUCAAAACUGUUUUGCACGCGAGUGAAGCUUUCCUCCAAUUAAAUGUCUAUCAGGACAGCUUAUCUAGCUCCUCUCAAGUUGGAGAGAACAUAAAUAAACAAAGUGUACAACAUCAAGUUUGGGCUUGUAGAUUAAUUGGACCUGAAAUAAUUAUCCUCUGUUUUUUUUUCCAGGAGCUGAAAGCUUUAAUUGGCCACUUGUGUAUUCUGCUGCUGCUCAGACUUCAGUAAACAGUAGCAGUAGAUUGCGUUGGCUCCCCCUGCCCAGAUAUCCUCAUCAAAUCCGCACAGAUCCUACCCCGUCCUCCCGCCGUCGUCUCAUUCCAUGUGCCAAUGCGGAUGCCAAGUGUCCAAGCUCGGCAGCACAAACGCAAUGACAAUUAUGAGUUUUUUGUAUUUUUUUUUCCUAGAUCUGUGGCAUGUUUGCCUUUUUUUUUUUUUAUUCCCAGUUAGACAACAUUUCAGAAACUUGUUUAUGACAAGUGUCGCUCAGCCAAUGUACUGCAUAGAAAAACACACACACACAAGCCAAUAUACAAGUUUUAACACGAGCCACAGUUUUAUAAAUUGCUGAAGCUUAUGUUGCACAGCGGAGAGAACA